GUUGCGCGCGCGCCGCCACGCGUCGGUUAUUUUUAACGAAAACUUCCGAUCGACCGUACGAUAUUUUAAAAUCAUUAUUAAUAGAAUUCCUAUUACAUUACGAAUAAUAUUUAAAAUAACGUAUGUAAAACAAAAUUCCAAAAGUGACAAAGCCCAGUGGAAUUGCGUGAGAAUAAUGAAUCACAGUAUUUGAGACUGCAGUAUACUCCUGAAGUUCGUGUGAAGUGUUGUGUUGUGAAAGAUGUGCAUUUUAAAACAUUAGGGGACCAAGACUCGGCGUGACAGAGAUUGUUGUGAAGGCUCUGUGCGGUGUGACGUAAUAUGCGUGCAGUGCGUGCGUGCGAGCGGCAGACACGCGGCGCCGGCGCGCCUCCGAUAACCAGUAGGGAUCAGUGAGGGGUUGAAAAUGAGCGUCACAGAAGCCAGCGAGGAGCCGAUACCGGCGGCCCCCGCCACAACCCCAGUGGGGCCAGCAGUGACAACACCAGGGACGCUGCCAGCGCAGGACGGGGGGGCCCUCAUCCCCGUGCCACCCACAGCCCCCAGAAAACCACCCAGAAGAGGACCCAAGGUCCAGCAAGAGCGUCCGAAGAGGGCCCUCUUCUGUCUGACGCUCAAGAACCCUUUGAGGAAACUGUGUAUUGAUAUUGUCGAAUGGAAACCGUUUGAGUGGAUGAUCCUGACCACCAUCUUCGCAAACUGCAUCGCUCUCGCCGUCUACACUCCGUAUCCAGCCAGCGAUUCUAACUACACCAACUGGGUUCUGGAAAAAAUUGAGUACGUGUUCCUGGUGAUAUUCACGGGAGAAUGCGUGAUGAAGAUCAUCGCGUACGGGUUCGUGAUGCAUCCAGGCUCGUACCUCAGGAACGGGUGGAAUCUGCUUGACUUCACUAUAGUUGUUAUUGGCAUGGUUAGCACAGUACUAUCGAGCAUAUUCAAGGAUGCGUUCGAUGUGAAGGCGCUGAGGGCGUUCAGGGUGCUGAGGCCACUAAGGCUCGUAUCUGGAGUGCCAAGUCUCCAAAUCGUGCUCAACUCGAUCUUAAAAGCCAUGGUGCCAUUGCUCCACAUCGCGCUGCUGGUCAUCUUCGUGAUCAUCAUCUACGCCAUCAUCGGCUUGGAGCUCUUCUCUGGGAAGAUGCACAAGAGCUGCUACAAUAAGUACACAGAUGAAAUCAUGGACAGCCCGCACCCAUGCGACUUGGACAACGGGUUCAACUGCUCGACCCUCGGCGAAGAGAUGGAGUGCCGCGACGGCUGGAUUGGGCCUAACUUCGGCAUCACCAACUUCGAUAACUUCGGCCUAUCCAUGCUCACUGUGUUCCAGUGUAUCACGCUUGAGGGGUGGACUGAUGUUAUGUAUAAUAUCCAGGAUGCCAUGGGGAACAGCUGGGAGUGGAUCUACUUCGUCUCGAUGGUGAUUUUGGGAGCUUUUUUCGUCAUGAACCUAAUUCUCGGUGUGUUGUCCGGAGAGUUCUCAAAAGAAAGAGAAAAGGCAAAGAACCGGGGGGACUUUCAGAAGCUUCGGGAAAAGCAGCAGUUGGAGGAAGAUCUGAAAGGCUACCUGGAUUGGAUCACGCAGGCUGAGUACUUGGAGCCGCUAGCAGAUCAGCACGACACCACAGACCAGAAGAGAGACUAUGGGAUAGGUGAGGACUACGAAUUCGCAGGUAUCGCUAGCCAAACACAGAACGAACAUGAUUCCACGGACCAUUUAGGUAUAGAAAAUCCGGAACCACAGAAAGUGUCAAUUGGCAUUGCGUGGAGGAAGGAUUUUGAUAAAGUAAACCGUCGUAUGAAACGGGCGUGUCGGCGCGCGGUGAAGUCUCAGACAUUUUACUGGCUGAUCAUAGUGCUCGUGUUUCUCAACACUGUGGUCUUGGCCAGUGAACAUUAUCAGCAACCACAUUGGCUGGACCAUUUCCAAGAGUACGGGAAUGCGUUUUUCGUCGCGCUCUUCACGCUGGAGAUGUUAGUCAAAAUGUAUAGUUUAGGGUUACAAGGUUACUUCGUGUCGUUAUUUAACCGCUUCGAUUGCUUCGUGGUGGUGGGUUCCAUCAGUGAGAUGGUGCUCACCAAGACUGAGGUGAUGCCGCCGCUGGGCAUCUCCGUGCUGCGUUGCGUCAGGCUGCUCAGGGUUUUCAAGGUCACCAAGUACUGGCGCUCCCUCUCCAACCUGGUAGCGUCAUUGCUAAACUCGAUCCAGUCCAUCGCCUCCCUGCUGCUGCUGCUGUUCCUGUUCAUCAUGAUCUUCGCGCUGCUCGGCAUGCAGGUGUUCGGCGGGAAGUUCAACUACGAUCCUGUCGAGGAGAAGGAUAGACACAACUUCGAUUGCUUCUGGCAGGCGCUGUUGACUGUCUUUCAGAUCCUGACCGGCGAAGACUGGAACGCGGUUAUGUACGAAGGCAUCAAGGCGUACGGCGGCGUCGGCUCCGUCGGCAUCCUCGCGUGCAUAUACUUCAUCAUCCUCUUCAUUUGCGGCAACUAUAUCCUGUUGAACGUGUUCUUGGCUAUCGCUGUAGACAACCUCGCUGAUGCGGAGUCGCUCACCAACAUAGAAAAGGAAGAAGGGGCCCCUGAGGAUAAAGAAGGUGGCAGUGUGGUGGCAAUGGAAGGUGGGCACGCUGACACGGAUGAUGAGUAUAUACAUGAUGACGAUGCUUACACUACGGACAACUCUGAAAGAGAAUAUGAGGAAACAGGGUCGGAGGGCGAGCAAGCAGAAGAGUUAGAGGGUGAUAUAGAAGAGGGCAUCGAUGAUGAGAACGACUCCGUCGAAAGGGUCGAAGAGGAACAAGAGAGGGGAGAGGACACAGAGAUGAUCGAAGGUCAUCAGAGGAACCAUAUAGUGAACACAGAGUUCGAUGAAGAGCCUCGUCUGAAACGCAAACCAACAACGUCGUCCGCCAGACCGCGGCGGCUCUCCGAGGUCGAUAUACACGACUCUAAGAAACCGAUACCCGAUGCCACCUCAUUCUUCAUAUUUAGCAAAGAGAACAGGUUUCGCGUGUUCUGCUACAAGAUGUCCUCGUCUUCCACGUUUGGGAACAUUAUCCUGGUUUGCAUCAUGCUGUCCUCGGCCAUGCUGGCCGCAGAGGAUCCGCUUGAUGCCACCCAGAAAGGGUUUAGGAAUUGGUUGCUAAGUCAAUUCGACAUGUUCUUCACGGGCAUCUUCACGCUGGAGCUGUUCCUGAAGCUGGUCACGUACGGGCUGAUCCUCCACCAGGGCGCCUUCCUCCGCUCCGCGUUCAACGUGCUCGACAUGCUUGUCGUCUGCGUCUCGCUCGUCUCCAUGAGUUUCAAGUCUGGUAGUAUAUCUGUGGUGAAGAUUUUGCGAGUGUUCAGGGUGCUGAGGCCUCUUAGGGCCAUUAAUAGGGCCAAGGGCCUUAAGUAUGUGGUGAAAUGUGUGAUAGUAGCCAUUAAGACUAUAGGAAAUAUAAUGCUCGUAACGUAUUUACUUCAAUUUAUGUUCGCUGUCGUCGGCGUACAGUUGUUCAAGGGUAAAUUUUUUAGGUGUAACGAUAUAUCUAAGAUGACAGAGGAUGAGUGCCAGGGGACGUAUUUAGUGUUCGAGAAUCGUAAUUAUGUAGUGAGAGAUCGGGAGUGGAAACGCAACGAUUUCCAUUUCGACAACGUCAUGAAAGGAAUGCUCACUCUGUUCACUGUUUCCACUUUCGAGGGGUGGCCGGGGUUGCUGUACGUGUCUAUAGACUCAAACGCAGAGGAUCGUGGUCCCAUUACUAACUUCCGUCCAAUUGUAGCAGCUUACUAUAUUAUUUAUAUUAUUAUAAUUGCCUUCUUUAUGGUAAAUAUAUUCGUCGGUUUCGUCAUAGUGACAUUCCAAAAUGAGGGUGAGCAGGAAUACAAGAAUUGUGAACUAGAUAAGAACCAGAGGAAUUGUAUUGAAUUCGCGCUCAAAGCAAAGCCUAUCAGAAGGUACAUCCCAAAACACCGAAUCCAGUACAAAGUGUGGUGGUUCGUGACGUCACAGCCGUUUGAGUACGCGAUCUUCGUGCUGAUCAUGAUCAACACGAUCACGCUGGCGAUGAAGUACCACAACCAGUCGCCGGAGUACAGCAAGGCGUUGGACAUGCUGAAUAUGCUGUUCACUGCUGUGUUCGCGUUGGAGUUCAUAUUUAAGCUCGCGGCGUUUAGGUUCAAGAACUACUUCGGCGACGCUUGGAACACCUUCGACUUCAUAAUAGUGCUCGGAAGCAUCAUCGACAUCGUCGUGUCUCAAGUAAACGAACUCAAGAACCAGGGUAGUGGAAUGCCAAGAGCGCACGUGGUUAAGGAGUCCUCAAUCCCGUCGAUAAACUUCUUCCGUUUAUUCCGAGUGAUGAGGCUGGUGAAGCUGUUGUCGAGGGGGGAGGGCAUCCGGACCCUACUGUGGACAUUUAUCAAGUCCUUCCAAGCAUUGCCUUACGUCGCGCUGCUCAUAUUAAUGCUGUUCUUCAUCUACGCCGUGGUUGGGAUGCAGGUCUUUGGAAAGAUAGCGAUAGAUGACAGCACUCCAAUCACGAGGAAUAACCACUUCCAGACUUUCCCUCAGGCUAUCCUCGUGCUGUUUCGUUCUGCGACCGGCGAGGCGUGGCAGGACAUCAUGAUGGGAGUGUCCCCGGAACCGGAGGUGCGCUGCGACAAGAACUACGACGAGGAGGGCGAGGACAGCUCUGGGACCUGCGGCAGCGUGCUCGCCUUCCCAUACUUUAUAUCUUUCUACGUUCUGUGUUCAUUUUUGAUUAUAAAUUUGUUCGUGGCUGUCAUCAUGGACAACUUCGACUAUUUAACUAGAGACUGGUCUAUAUUGGGACCACACCACUUAGAUGAAUUUAUAAGAUUAUGGAGUGAAUACGACCCCGACGCUAAGGGUAGGAUAAAGCAUCUAGACGUAGUUACAUUGUUAAGAAAAAUUAGCCCCCCAUUAGGAUUCGGCAAGUUGUGCCCUCACCGCGUGGCGUGCAAGCGGCUCGUGUCUAUGAACAUGCCACUCAACUCGGACGGCACGGUGCUCUUCAACGCCACGCUCUUCGCCGUCGUCAGGACCUCGUUGAAGAUCAAGACUGAUGGCAACAUAGACGACUGCAACACAGAACUAAGGGCGGUAAUAAAGAAGAUUUGGAAGAGGACGUCCCCCAAACUCCUGGACCAGGUGGUGCCGCCGCCCGGGGACCCCAACGAGAUCACCGUCGGCAAGUUCUACGCCACCUUCCUCAUACAGGACUAUUUCAGGAGGUUCAAAAAGAGGAAAGAACAGGAGAUGCGGCAGACGGACGAGCAGACGCACCAGAUGACGCUGCAGGCUGGCCUGCGGACCCUGCAUGAGGCAGGUCCUGAGCUAAAGAGAGCUAUAUCUGGGAACCUGGACGAUAUUUCAGCGGAGUGUGAUGUGCCUAUGCAUAGGAGGAACCACUCACUGUUCGGCGGCGUGUGGUCCAGCAUACGAAGGCACGGGCCCAACAGACACUUCCACAGGCAUCGGAAGCACGGGGAGCCGCCAGCGGAGGGCGUCGGCAACCACCUAAGCUCGAUGAUGCAACGGGAGUACGGAGUGGGGCCGAUACCACUGGCACCAAACUUAGCAAAUGGACAACCGAAGGAGCAGAUCCCGCUGAGGCCUCUCAUACUGAACGGCGAGUCGGAGAAGAUAUACCAAGUGUUGGAAAGAACCACAAAUGACCUAAAGAACGCUAUUUACCAAGGAGGCGAUAGUACUGGCCGCGGCGUGGUGUCGUUGCCAGGCAGCCCUCGAGGGAACAACUCUUCAGUGCCUGUUGUUGGAUCUGCUGAGAGUCUUGUGACUAGGGUGUUAACAGAGCAAGGUCUCGGCGACUACUGCGACCCCGAGUUCGUGCGGAACACCUCGCGGGAGAUGCAGGAGGCGCUCGACAUGACGCAGGAGCAGAUGGACAGAGCGGCUCACCAGCUGAUGGUACAAGAGAGAAAUUUAAAACAAGUUCAAAAUCAACAACCCCAAGUCGGCGAGAUCCUAGCCCGACAGUACCAUCCGUUCCACCAGCCUCAGACCAUGCCCCCGCCGGCCUACAAGCGGUUAUAGCACCAGCGGAGGCUCCCGGGAGCGAAGCUCCCGCGCGACACGCCCUCCGCCCCCGCCAUCGGAGGAAAAGGAAACCUGUGUUGGUGUAAACACUACCGCUGGCUA